GUAGAUUAUAAUGUAUUUGUAAUAUUUGGGAUGUAAACAAAUCUCUUAAAAUCUAUUUCUUUGUUUAUACUUUCAAUUGUUAUUUUUAAUGGUGGAACAAAGCAAAUUACUUACCUGUAGUAGUACUGCUAUUAAUGUACACUAAUGAAUUGAUUAAAUUACGUUAUUAUCAACUGUUUAAAAUCAUUAAAAAAUAAAUGUCUACAUAAUAAAGAUGAAGUCAUCAUUAUUAGAAGCCCAGAUUGUAGAAAAAACUAACUCCCAUCACUAUAAUCAUACAUUACCAGGGUAUAAUGACUUCUGUUCCAACGUCCCUCAAUUAACAUCAAGUGGAUAUUUAGAAGCAAUGAUUCAAUAUGUUAAGUAUUGUGUCGGUGGUAACCAUAAUGAAGAAAUGUUGCAAAUUUUAACUAUAGAACUAACGGAGUUAAAUUUUCAUAACUUAUUAAAAUUGAAUGAAUUGAUUAUACUAAUUUGUAUAUAUACAACAAUGAUUCUUUUUGGAUCAUGUGGCUCUUUACUUGUGGUAUAUACAGUUAUCAGAAAGCCUAAAAUGCGUACACCACGUAAUUUAUUUAUUGUAAAUUUAGCAAUAAGUGAUUUAAUUUUAUGUUUAUUUACGCAACCAUUUAAUUUGCUACGUAUAUUAUAUUGGCAUUAUGAUUGGAAACUAGGUCAGAUUAUGUGUAAAUCUGUUGCUAUGGGACAGGCAGCUAAUAUAUUUGUCUCUACAAUCAGUAUUAUUGCUAUUGCACUAGAUCGUCUACAAGUCAUAGUUUAUCCAACAAAGAAUACCGUUAAAAAUACUGGUGCAAGUAUUAUUAUAAUCGGUAGUUGGCUAUUUUCAUUAAUAAUGGCUAGUCCAAUGUUUAUUUUCACAUCCGUUAGUGUGGAUACUAUCCGACCGAAUGGACAUAUAUGCAGUGCUAGUACAAUACAAAGCGAAUGGCUUCGUCAAAGUAAAUACAUUUAUGGUAUUAUUACAAUUGUUUUCCAGUAUUGUUUACCAUUAACAAUGGUCAGUUAUGCAUAUAUACGUAUUUGUUUAAGAAUACGCCAACGACAGUUCAAUGUAAUACGUAAACCUACUCCAACAGUCAUAGCUUCCGAAUUAAUAUCAGGCAACCAAUUGGAUUUUGUUGAAAUUGAACCAGAUUGUAAUUGCAUGGAUAAUAAAUUGAAACCAGACAGUCGGUUAACAUUAACUUUACCAUCUAAUAAUUUACCAGAUUCUUCUACAGGUAGCUGUAAAAAUCGUGGUUUUCCUCCUGCACGUUGUUAUAAACUAGCUGUAUCGCCUACAUCAACAUCGUCGUGUGAAAACAAUUUUAAACAAAAGAUAGAAAAUUCCAGAUUUAAGCUAAUUCAACGACGCCAGACUCGAACAAAUACAUUACUUGCAUCAAUUACACUUUUAUUUGUAUUAGCUUGGUUACCUUUACACAUUUUUAAUGCCGUUAUGGAUCAACGUGAAUCAAGAAUACUUAAAGAACCAUUCGAUCUCACCACACUACCACAGCCUGAUAUAUUAAAUAAAAAUAUUACAGAGAAUUCUCUUUUCGAUGAGACAUAUAAACUUUUAAACUCAAAGACGAACACAUUCACAUUAUUACCAGAGCAUAAUCAUACAGAAACAAUCAUAAAACAAUAUGGUAUUGGUAGGAAAAUUACACUUAUACAUUCAUUUUGUUUAUUAUGUGUUCUUGUAUCGGCUUGUGCGAAUCCUGUUCUCUAUGGUUGGUUAAACGAAAACUUUCACAGAGAAUUUAUCCUUAUGUUUCCAAUGUUAUUUCGUUCAAAAAAACAAAUUUCAUCAGUCACACUAGGCAUUGAUCAUAAUUACGCUAGUGUUAUACAAUGAACAAUGGUAAUUAUGAUAAGUAUCGUUUACAGAAAUAUUCUAAAGCCUAUAUUAAAUUAAUGAAUGUAUAUUAUAUUGUCUUAAAUGAGCUGUGAACGUGAGGCACAAUGUAUUUUAUGAAUUCAUAUUUCCUUUUUUAAUACUAAUCAAUUUGAACUAUCAGGUAUUCAUUGUUGAUUGACAAGAAGUGUACAUAGUUUUUUUAAAUAUGAUGUACAAUAUUUUGAUGAUAAUUGGUUAAAAUAUCCACAGAGAUUUGAUCUUUGUUGUCAAGUUUUUUCAAAUAAAGUUCCUGUAACUUAUAGAGAUUUGAAUUUUGUUAAUAAGAGAAUAUAAAGAAGUAAAUAUCACCACUGUACAUUACAAUAGAAAUAUGUUUUCGUUCGUUGUAU